ACAGCUUCAAGGAAUCCCAAAUACAACAGCCUCUGGGUCUUAGCCCACACCCCUCUUUCACAUCCUCAUAUAAGUGCACACGCUCUAGAGCCCAGAUCAGUUCAAAGACUUUCCGUCAGCUUCACACCCAGUGGAUUUGGAAUCUGCUCUCUGGACAUUGGCACUGUAAAGCACUGCUUUUGGGCGACAUGGCACUCCGACAGGAUUCUGACAUGGAGCCAAGCAUUGAGCUCUUCAUCAAGGCUGGCCACGAUGGUGAGAAUGUGGGAAACUGUCCCUUCUGCCAAAGGCUCUUCAUGGUCCUGUGGCUGAAAGGUGUCAAGUUCACAGUGACCACGGUCGAUAUGAGGAAGAAACCAGCAGAGCUGAAGGAGUUGGCUCCGGGCACAAACCCUCCUUUUCUCCUUUACAACGGAACCCUAAAAACCGACUUCAUCAAGAUUGAGGAGUUUCUGGAACAAACAAUAGCCCCUCCCAGGUAUCCCCACCUCAGCCCACUCAACAAAGAGUCUUUUGACGUUGGAGCUGACAUUUUUGCCAAGUUCUCUGCUUAUAUCAAGAACCGCCCGAACAAUGCCUAUCAUGAGACAGCCCUGCUACGCGAGUUCAAGCGACUGGACAUCUACCUGAACUCCCCUGUCCCUCAAGAGAUUGAUGUCAACUCUAGAGAAAACAUCACCAUCUCCAAGAGGAAGUUCCUGGAUGGCAACCAUCUCACCUUAGCAGACUGCAACCUGCUGCCCAAACUGCAUGUCAUCAAGGUUGCUGCCAAAAAGUACUGCGACUUUGACAUCCCAGCCCAGUUUAGCGGUGUGUGGCGGUACCUUCAGAAUGCCUAUGAGAGGGAGGAGUUCAGACAGACAUGCCCUGCCAACAUUGAGAUUGAGAAGGCCUACCUGAGUGUAGUUAAUGCAAGGAAAUGAGCCCCUUUUUCAUUUGUCAUUCUUUGCCACUGUAUCACCAGCUACUAUGCAUAGUAAUGAACAACUGCACAAGAAGCAAUAACACAGAUAUAUACAAGCAAUGGCUUUGAAAUCCAUUGACCAUCAAGCCAAUAAAGCAAAGCCCCAUAUUUCUUAAGUGCAUUGUGACCAGGGCAUAAUUAGAACAAACUGACAUUUUGAUAUUUUGGCUGCUGUAGAAAGUCUGUGUAAUUUCAAGUAUAGACUAUUUAUUUGAAGAUUUUCUAAUGGCAGAAUUUUGUUGCGUACCACACUGAUUUGCCAAGCGUGCAAUUGGCAUUGGCUGUUUAUCUAUUUAGCAGGUUGCUCUGUCUAUAGUGUAAAUAUUUCUAUUUUUACUAUACGAUAAUUGUAUAGAUGUGUGAAAAAGUAGAAGAGUCGUGGAAGGCCAGUUGAAAAACUGUUCAAACACAGAAUGAUAACCACGCUCACCAACUCAGAUCAUAGAGUUCUUAAUCUUGUACAAAAACAUUUCAGAUGGUUUUAAAAGAUAAUGUUACCAAUAAAAUACAUCUCUUUA